AUGCUCAACACUGCAGAAGAUACAAGACAGGAGAAGCUGGAGCAGAGCAAACAACAAACAAUAGGCACCGCAACAGAAGGUUCAGAAAAGAAAAUUUCCUGGAACGAGCUUUUUGCGAUGCAAAAGGAUGAGCUAUAUGCAACGGUCAAAGGAUACGGUCCUGCCGGGAUCAUAUCCAUCAUCAUAGUCGGUGGAAUAUUUUGGGCGCUGUAUAUCCCUGAUGAUUCGACAGUAAUCGUUUAUGCGUAUCACCAGACUACUGGUGAAUGGAUAUCUCCUACUUUGAUUCUAUUCCCAGUCGGUGCCACCAAAGUAGCAGUCACUGCUCUAGGCUUCUGGACAGCUGCAAGGUUUUUCCUUCCUGUUCGACUCGGUGCUGCACUUGCGAUCACGCCAUGGGUCAAGAAGAACAUUGUGGACAAGCUAUCUUCAAGGAAAGAGUAA